AAACGCAGCGAGCGGGUAUCCAUUGCCAGCGCCGUGUGCUUGAUCCAGUAAUCUGUCAGCGUUGUCCCUGGGUGGGCUUUUUCUACACCUGUGCUACCGAUAGGAGGCGGUCUCCUCACGAUGGCCUACGAGAACGUCUACAAGCUGCGGGACCAUCCGGAUUUCCCGAACGAGAUUGACGUGCCAUUUGCCAAGAAGCUCCAGCCAGAGCUCAUCUGCUCGGCGUGCAAUUGUGUCACGGCGGCUGGUCUCAAGGACGGCAAGGACCACGUCUACUGCCUCAGGUGUGCCGAAGGGCUCACAGACGGCUGCAACGAGUUCACGUGCUGCAUUUGCAAGUGGAAUGCUCCCCAAAGCUUGAUGAAGAAAAAUGCAGAUGAAUGGGCCAUCCUGGAGAAAGCGCCAUCAGCUUGUCCUAACCGAACCAAGACUUGCCGUUUUAACGGCAAAUUACGAGACGUUCUUGAUCACUACAAGACUUGCAACCUGAAUGGAAAAGUGGAGUGCAUUCUCUGCAGAAAAUUGCAGGAUCUCAAAAACCUAGGAGACCACAUCAAGAACUACUGCCCCAUGAGACUCACGGAAUGCAUAUUCUGUGGCGUGGACGUUGCCGGCCGCGCCAAAGUGAAGCAUGAAAUGAACUGUGACAAGCGUCCUGGAACCUGUGAGCACUGCGGCAAGCAUUUCAAGACCCACGAAGAGCUUGAGCGGCAACACAUGGCUGUAUGCGAGCUCAUGCCUGUUGACUGUUCGUUUAGAGAACUGGGCUGUGACCACAGGCACUUGUCUUAUAAGUUACAUCGUCUCUCGGAAGAGGCAAACAGGCGAGAGAUGGAGAGCCACGAAGCGCACGGUCGCCGCAACGGCCACAACGAUCUCCUCGUUCGUAAAAUCUGCCGCCUGGAAAAAGAGAACGAAGACCGUAAGAACUCAUCCCUUAAAGAGUUAUUUACUGUCGACGGACCAUGCUAUGUUACGCUACAACAGAUGGAAAGGAAAAUGGCCCAACUUCAGGAAUCUGCCAAUGCUGAAAGAACAUUGCGAGCUAAAUUGGAAGAGCGAGUGUUGACCUUACAGAACGAGCUUCAAGCACUCAGAGCAAAACAAAACGAUGACAGUAGUCAGCUUAAACACCGGAUUGCUGAGACGGAAGAUGCUGUGGAACGCCUCGACCGUGAGUUACGUCUGGACGCUAUGGCCCCAGGUUUCGAGUAUGUCUGGAAAGUGCAGCCAUAUUUUGCACUGAAGGCGGCAGCAUUGUCGUCCAAUGAGGAAAUAUCGACGCGGGCACUGUACAUAAACACCCCGGGAUAUUACGUAGAGUUCACCGUUGGAUUCACCCGUCCUGCCUCAUUGACGUCACCGCAACAUCUGUCGUUCAAGUGCCAAAUUUGCAGCGGCGAAUACGAUGACAUGCUUCCCUGGCCCUUCCAGAACAAGAUGAUUUUAGUGCUUGUCAACCAGCAGGACGAACGCGCCAGGCGAUGUUUCGAACUCGACGCGGCAACAGCAGAACACGCUGCCCGUUGCUUCCAGAAACCAGCAUCGGGACAACGGAACCCGAAGUUCUGCUACUCGCAAGUCAUACCCAUUCCUCUUCUGGAGAACGAGAAAAAAGGGUUCCUCUACCAGAACUGCAUCGUCUUGAAGAUUGUUGUGCCUCCACUUUAUUGAAUGUUAUUCCCUCUUCUCGUUGGAAAGCACGGCACGUUCUGACUUCGAGUAUUAAAACAAAGUUUGACAGGAUGAAUAACUUCUUCAGAGAGUGUUAGGAAGCAUGCAGUUCCUCAAGAAGGGACAAUUACUGUUUCAACUUUGGUCUACGGAGUUACGCUUUUAACACUGCACUACACACUGGAGCUAUGCGCGAGGCAAUUGUUCUCAGCGUAGGGUUAUCAUUGCAGUGAAUCGGUAGUGUGAAAUGUAAUGCGUGUGUGCACUAUUUCUGGCGCUUUAUUGAACCUUGAGUAGCUUGUUUUCAACUUCUUUGCUUGUUUGGGAAGACUUGGUAGCACACCUGUGUACGUGCAACCGCACCAGAUCGUCCACUUAUGUGACUGGUAAUAAAAUGACUUCCCCGCAUUCUGUCCUUCAUGAUGCACAAUAAACCAUUGGCGUGUACCUAAA